AGACGCGAUGGGGAACGACUAAUCCAGCACUUCAACUGAUCACUACUACAUGAGAAAUUACGGGUUAUUGGACAGCAACGAUUUUUUUUUUCACGGAAAAAAUGCAUGUGGAACAUCAUAAGUUACAUUUUUCUCUAAGCAUGCAACUGUCGGUGUCAGCAUAGCAGAUGUAACGUUAGCCGUGGCAGCUAGCGUUAACAUGCCCACACAACUGUGAAAGUUACAGUUAGCUAAUGUUGCUAGCUACACUAUGUAACUUAGUGUGUAGUUAACUUGUCUAGAUACAGCAUUGCGUCGUUAUCAGUGUGCCGAACGUCGGUCGUAAAAUCAUAUUUUACCCACCUCACCGAUUAACUGUCCUGUCUGUUGGGUAAACUACCUUCAAACUUUGCUUUUCAAAAAUGGCAAGCACUGUGUUGGAAGUCGGAACGGGCGUUUUCAUCAUUGCGGUCGUUUGGAUUGCAGCUCUUGUGAUUGGGAUGAUGCUGCUGAGAGCUUCUGGAUCAGCAAAGUUGGGCGUUAUCCCCAUUUUCUUACUGGCUCUCACCAUCACUUUAGUGCUGGUGUUUUUCCCUCGCAGCCCAGAGACAACUCCCCCAUUCAAAGAGAUAGAGAUUGUGGACACUUUGUUCAUCGGCCGCUACGUACUGCUGGCAGUGGUGAGUGCAGUCUUUCUGGUGGUGUUCUUCAUGCUGCUCCCUUUUCAUUUCCUGGAGCCAGUGUAUGCCAAGGCCUUAAGAACACACUAGAGCUGCCAGGGUCAGAGCUGGCACUGGGAUCACAUCGCUGAUGUACACAACUUAAGACAAGCAGGGCCGACAAGAGGCCCCCCCUUCAUAUGGAAGCAGGCCACAGAGUGCAUCCCAAACAGAAACAGCAGGAGAGCCAGUGUUUUCUUCAUGGCCAACUGUUUGCAGGUUGUUGACUGUUUAUGUACAACUGAUAGAUAUGUGUUGUCCAACAGCACCCAGGGUGUUUUAUGUACAUUUUGUAUCAGUGAAUACAUGAGAUGAUUAAAUAUUUUUUUUAUUUAUACCACAGAACUGAAACACUCCCUUCACCUUUUAUAAAUAAAUGAAAUAUUCACAAUGCCACAGUGCUUUUGUUAAGUUACUGUACAGUGUUAAUGACACUAAAUGACACACAUUUAGGAUGAGCCGGUGCACUCAGCUAAAAUUCAUUUCAAUUCAUCAUGCACCUUAAAUGAUGUCCCAUUUACAGUACAGGUGGCUGAAGCCUGGAUAUUGCAUUUGUGGCUCUUAAACUUAAAAAAAAGCCAGUGUUAAUAUAGUAAAGACUUUUGUGGGGAUUGGAGGGAUUUUUUUUUUCAAAUUUGGCACAAACAUCCACUUGGGCUCAA